AUGCUUGCGAGGCUAGCGGAAGAAGUGGCGGCCUUGUCGUUGACACACCUGUCUACAAAAAUGGACACGGACUUGGCAAAGCUCAAGAAGUACUUUGAGGAGAAGCAGGACCACCACAACAGACAGGGCAAUUUAGAUAUCAAAUAUCUCAGUGACCGCUACAACCGCGGAGUUGCCAAAGUUCAGAGCUACAUGGACACGCACCAGCAGUACAUCGAGGUUGCUGACAUGCAGGAUGGAUUGCCCAUCUUCAUUCAGCAGGCUCAGAAGA